CAGCAACUAGUGGAUUAAGUGCGAUCGAACGAGAUCGGUCUGUGAAAACGCACACAAGAGGGAGCGUGAAAGCGAGCGGAGGCAGGCGCGCACUCGAGCUGUAAGAAGCAUUUUUCCCGGAACGCGCGCACACAGACAGCGCUGCUUGUGAGAAAGCAGACAGAGGAGGGCAGGAGAGAAGAAGGACAGGGACGCAAACGCAAAGAGACAAAGUUCUCCUGCUUCGAGUUUAACUAUGGUGCCAACAGAUACCUGCGUUCCACUUUAAUAAAGUUUUGGAUUAUAACAGAAGAGAGGAAACAUCCCCAAGGAGCUGGUGCACACAUGGAUUUUGGUGAGGCACCAACGCUUUAGUGCAGUCGAACCAAAGAGAUACCCAGUCAUGAUUUGGGUCGCAUUUUUACCAGUUUUGAUUUCGUGCGCAGUCGGGAACAGGACCAUGGAGCAGGUGCCAUUUUUUCAUGGCCAUGUAUUUGAGAACUCGUCGCCGGGUUCCAGGGUCAAUGGCCUGAGCGUCCCGUUAAAGCGGCUAAACUCGCAAAGGCUGUGCGGUGCCGGGGAAUCCGCUUCAGCGGCAGCGCACUUCAAACUCCUGGGAGAGGGGAGCGAGCAUUUCCGUGUCUUUGCUCACCACAAGCGGGGGCAUAUUUUAUUGAAGACUUCUGGUGUCUUGGACAGAGAGGAGCGGGCUGAAUACGCCCUGGGUCUGGGGUUGUGUUGCGGGCAAUGCGCGGGACUCUUCCGGGAAGAGGAGGACGAGUCUCCACUUGUCGCCGAAGUGGCAUCCAUCAAAGUGGACGUUCUGGACACCAACGACCACCAGCCCAGUUUUCCCGAUUCCGACGUGAAACUGAGCCUGGACGAUGCCACUGCGCUCCGCACGGCGAUCUACACGGUCACGGCGCGGGACAAUGACAGUGGCAAGAAUGCUGAGCUCAUCUACUUUGCUUUACCCAAAAACGGGAGUUUUUACGCGGUCCCCAAAACUGGCGAUAUCCUCCUUGUUGACUCUAUCCUCGGCCUGGACGAACCUAUUAAGUUUAAAAUAUUCGCCCGUGACCGCGGGUGGCCACCUCGCACAAGCCGAAGCAUCGCAGUGGAAAUAAAUCCACGACAAUGGCCCGUGGCGCCGUCAGUGAACCCCCAACUGGGGAAUCGGAAACCCAGUUCGCAAAUUAAAGUUCCUGCGCGGCGACCCAGAUCAGUGCUGGAGUCAGACAACCCCGUUUUCAUCAAUGUGUCCGAGGAUGCGGGGAUCGGUUCAGUGGUGAUGAACCUGAACCCGGUGAGGUUUCAGUCGGCCACGUUUGAGCUGUUGGAGCCCGACGUGGAAAACUCUCCGGUCAGUGUGAGUCGGGACAGUGGGGAUAUAGUGAUAUCACGGAGACUGGACCGCGAGACCGAGCCUCUGGUGGAGAUCACUGUCAAAGUACAGGAUAAAAGAGGUCCAGACUGGUACUUGGUCAGAGUGGAACUGACUGCGACAGAUGUCAAUGACAACGUCCCAGAAUGGAGCAUGGUUCCUGCUCCCUACCUUGCCGUGGUUUCCCCAGAUGCCACUGCAGGUUCACUGGUCUACAAGCUGUACGCUCAGGAUGGGGAUGAAGGCAACAACGGUGAAGUGGAGUAUUUUCUGUCUGAUGGUGGUGAUGGCCGUUUUGAAGUAGACAGGAAGAAUGGACAGGUACGGACCACAGGCCUUCCUCUGCAGCGAGAUAGGGAGUAUCUGCUGACAGUGGUGGCAGCAGACCGCCUGGGCAGCCGCAGCGCCCCAGCCGUCAUCUCUGUGAUUGCUGGAGCCCGGCCGCCACAGUUUACCAAUGCUUCUUUCACCAUUGCCAUACCAGAAAAUACCCCUGAAGGACAGCCCUUCUUGGUCACACCUGCUGUGUCCUUCCAAAAGAAACCAAUCAGCUACAGCCUCGUCAUCAAUCCCAGCAGUCUGUUCUCCAUCUCAGCGGAUACGGGUGAAAUCAGCUUGACCCGCCCCAUCGACUACGAGAGCGACCAACAUCGCUAUUUGCUCUUGGUGCGAGCCAGCGAGGGCCUGGAAAGCAUGAGCAGUGCAGCAGAGGUGCGGGUUUCUAUUGUCGAUGAAAAUGACUGCGUUCCAGAGUUCCUUCAGUCAAUUUACAGUAAGGAUGGAGUACCAGAGACCGUUACUACAGCAACCUCCUUGUUGCAAGUGUCAGCCAAUGACUGUGACUCAGAAGAGAAUGCAGAGUUGACCUAUUACACGCUGAGCCCAGACUUCACUAUCUCACCUCACGGGACCAUCUUCCCCUCGGGACCUCUGGACUAUGAGAGACCUAAUCACCUGUACGAGUUUGUUGUCAUGGCCAUCGACAAAGGGGAGGUCCCUCGCACGGGUACUACUACAGUACGGAUUAGAAUGGCCAACGUCAACGAUGAGGCACCGGAGUUCUCCCAACAUAUAUAUCGGACAUUUGUCUCAGAGGACGCCGGCCCCAACACACUCGUUGCCACAGUGCUGGCAAAGGACCCUGAUGGAGAUGGGAUCACAUACAAAAUCACCACGGGAAACGAGGAGGGCAACUUUGUCAUAGACAAUCAAAAAGGUUUGAUCCGGCUGCGUUCCAGCCCACCACCUCGACUCCAGGGUGUUGAAUAUGUCCUCAAUGUUACAGCCACAGAUGACAAUGCCUCAGGUGGACCUCAAACACUGUCAUCCACUGCCCAAGUCAUAGUUGGAGUGGACGAUGUGAAUAACAACAAGCCGGUCUUUGAAAUGUGUCAGCAGUACAGAGAGAGCACAUCAGUCCUGGAGAACCAGCCAGCAGGGACGUUUGUUCUGCAGGUUCAUGCUGUGGAUGCUGACGAGGGCUCCAAUGGCAGGGUCACAUAUGGCUUCAUGCAUAAGGACUCCACUGUGCCUGCAUUCAGUAUACACCCGGAAACUGGAGUGAUUGUGACAGCCAGGAAAUUUGACCGUGAACGCCAGCGGGAGUAUGCUGUGACAGUGACUGCCACUGACCAGGCAGCUGAACCACUGAUUGGCAUUUGUCAGCUCAACAUCCUCAUCCUGGACCAGAACGACAACAGUCCCAAGUUUGAAAACAUCCGAUAUGAGUACUUCCUUCGUGAGGAUACCAUGAUUGGAACCAGUUUCUUGAGGGUGGCAGCUCAUGAUGAUGACUUUGGCACCAACGCGGCAAUCACUUACUCUAUGUCCAGUGAACAGCCGGAGUACCUCAGGGUCAACCCGCUGACAGGCUGGGUGUAUGUUAACCAGCCCAUCUCACAGAGAACCUACAUCACCAGGGAAAUUGUGGCUACGGAUGGAGGGAACAGGAGCAGUUCAGUGGAGCUGGCUGUCACUAUCACGAAUGUGAAAAACCAGCCUCCACAGUGGGAAAAAGACAGCUACAGCGUGAUCAUACCAGAGAACACUGUACGAGACACACCUAUUGUGACCAUCAAAGCCACCUCUCCUCUGGGAGACCCCAGGGUAACUUACAAUUUGGAGGAUGGUAUGGUCCCAGAGACCAACAUGCCAGUACGCUUCUACUUGACCCCCAACCGAGAGGAUGGUUCGGCCUCCAUCCUGGUGGCGGAGCCCCUGGAUUAUGAGACCACCAAGAAUUUUAUGCUUCGUGUUAGAGCCCAGAAUGUUGCUGCUGUACCACUGGCAGCCUUCUCCACAGUAUAUAUCAAUGUUACUGAUGUAAAUGACAACGUGCCAUUUUUUACUUCCUCCAUCUAUGAGGCAUCAGUCACUGAAGGAGCAGAAUCAGGAACUUUGGUUUUCCAGGUUUCAGCCACUGACCUAGACUUGGCUCUCAAUGGCAAGAUUUCUUACUCACUGCUGGAGGAUCGCAGUGGGGACCAUCAGUACUUCCGUAUCGAUCCUGAGCUGGGUUUCAUCUACACCCAGGCUGUGUUUGACCGUGAGACCAAAAGCUCCUAUCUGCUGGAGGUUCAGUCUAUGGAUGGCUGGGAGUCAGCACGGCCUGGCAAACAUGGACAAGCCAACUCAGACACAGCAUAUGUUCGCGUUUUCAUCAGUGACGUGAAUGAUAACAAGCCGGUGUUUGCCCAGGCAUCCUAUGAAGUUGAUGUGGAUGAGGAUGCUGAUGUAGGCUUUGCCAUUCUCACUGUCAGUGCCAAUGAUGGGGACGAAGGUGGAAACGCUAAGCUACGCUACCAGAUCACAUCAGGAAACACGGGAGGGGUGUUUGAUGUGGAACCAGAGGUGGGCACUAUCUUUAUCGCCCAGCCUCUGGACUAUGAACAGAACAAAAGGUACAAGCUUCAUAUUCUGGCAUCAGACGGGAAGUGGGAAGAUUACACAACAGUGACAGUAAACGUGGUAAACAAGAACGAUGAGGCUCCAGUGUUUACUGUUAACGAGUACUAUGGAAGCGCAACGGAGGAACUGGAUGGUUCACCGGUGUUUGUCUUACAGGUGACAGCAUCUGACCCAGACAAGGAUGCUGACCAGGAGGCUCUGCGUUACUCUCUCCACGGCCAGGGUGCAGAGAGUGAAUUCAUAAUUGAUGAGGUCACAGGUAAGAUCUAUGCCCAGAGGACUCUGGACCGGGAGGAGCGUGCCGUCUGGCGUUUUGUUGUCCUGGCCACAGAUGAGGGCGGUGAAGGUCUUACAGGCUUCACAGACGUCAUUAUAAACGUGUGGGACAUCAAUGACAACGCGCCCAUCUUCACUUGCUCUCCCAGCUGCCACGGAGAUGUAGCGGAGAACUCAGUUGUGGGGACGUCUGUGAUGGAGAUGACAGCGACCGACCUGGACGACUCAGCUGUGGGGCAGAACGCUGUGCUCUCUUACAGGAUUGUGGGCAGUUUAGAUGCCACUAACACUGAGGUGGGAGGAGUGCCCAUCUUCUCGGAAAUGUUCAAUAUCAACCCCACAACAGGGACCAUCAGUGUAGGCAUGGGUGGUCUGGACAGAGAACAGGUUGAGUCCUACCUCCUGGUUGUGGAGGCCAGAGAUGGGGGAGGGAUGACGGGAACUGGGACCGCCACCAUUCAGAUCAAGGAUGUCAACGACCAUGCUCCAAGAUUCAUUGAUCACUCCUGCCUGGCAAGGAUCUCAGAGAAUGCAGAGCCCAAUGCAGAGGUCCUGGAGCUUGCUGCAGAGGACAGAGACACUGGAGAAAAUGCCCAGCUGACCUUUAGUGUCGUGGCCGGAGACCAAGAGCAAAAGUUCUACAUGGUCAGCCACAAGCAGGAGCAGCGUGGCACCUUGAGGCUAAAGAAACGUCUGGACUAUGAACGACACAGUGAGCAGAGAUUCAACCUCACACUGAAGGUUGAGGACCUUGACUUCUCCAGCCUUCUGCACUGUGUGGUGGAAGUGGAGGACUAUAAUGAUCAUGCUCCAGUCUUCAUUCCGCACUUCCUGUCCCUCGCUCCACUGCCUGAGGACAUCACUGUGGGAACCAGUGUGGCGCGUUUGGUGGCCAGUGACUCUGAUUCAGGCCAGAACCGUGACAUCACCUAUAGCCUGUCCGAAGACUCCGAUCCUGACGGUCUGUUCAAUAUUGACCAGUCAGGUGUACUCUCAGUGGCCCAGCCUCUGGAUCGGGAGAGGAUACCCCAGCAUCAGUUAGUUGUCAUUGCAACCGAUCACGGUGUUCCACCUCUGACAGGCAGUGCCACCAUUCAGCUUCCUCUGUUGGAUGUGAAUGAUAAUGGGCCAGAGUUUGAGGCAGCAUACUCCCCAGUAGUCUUUGAGAAUGUGGCUGGACCACAGGUAGUAAGGUUGAACCAAACAUCGACCCUCCUCAGAGCUGUAGACCAGGACUCACCUGAGAACGGCCCACCCUUCCACUUCAGUGUCCCCUCCGACUAUCGCCACAGCAACGAUUUCUACCUUCAGGACAACCUAAAUGGCACAGCGACACUAACAGCUCUGAGGACAUUUGACCGGGAGCGCCAAAAAGAGUUUGUCCUUCCUGUUAUCAUGAGUGACAGCGGCCGUCCUGCCAAAACUGUGACCAGCACCCUGACUGUAACCAUCGGUGACCAAAAUGAUCACGCACACGUGGCAGGGGAAAAGAAGAUUUUCAUCAAUAGUCACAGGGGCCGUAUGCCAACUACCGUGCUUGGAAAGGUCUACUCUCCCGACCCCGAUGAUUGGGAUAACAAGACAUACGUCUUUGAGGGACAUGUUCCAAGUUACUUUAUUCUGAACAAGCGAACAGGUUUCCUGAUCAUCAAGGAGAAUGCCCCACCCAACACGUACCAGUUUCAGGUUCGUGUUUCAGAUGGAAUUUGGCCAGAUGCUGUCUCCACUGUAACUGUACACGUGAGGGAGCUGCGAGACGAAGCCAUUUACAACUCAGGAUCCCUUCGCCUGGCAGACAUCACAGCAAAGGAGUUCAUUGAACUGAGAGGGAAGCAGCGGAGCCGCUACGAGCUGUUGGCGGACUUCCUGUCUGAGAUGCUCUCAGUUCCACCUGACGAUGUCAACAUCUUUAGCCUAAUGGAUGUAAAGGAGCGAAUGCUGGAUGUUCGCUUUGCUGUGCACGCUGGCCCCUCCUUCCUACAGCCUGAGAAAAUGCAUGGUUAUCUUGCCGCCCACAAACAAAAGCUCCAGUCAUUCCUGCAGAUCAGUGUCUUCCAAGUCCGAGUAGACGAGUGCCCUAGCUCAGAGUGCACAGGGGCAGGUGGCUGCACUAACGUUUUGAACGUGCGGGACACGCCCACAGUGGUAGAUUGUGGGACCAUGAGUCUUGUGUCUGUGACAGUGGAAUCCACAGCUGUAUGCUCCUGCCCAGGUAGAGAGCAGUCCCAUCAGCCCUGUGCUGCCUAUCCCAGAAACCCCUGCUUUAAUGGUGGAGUGUGUGUGGACACUCAGCAUGGCUACAGGUGCCAGUGCCCAACUCAGUAUGAGGGGCCUGAAUGCCAGCAGAACAAGCACAGUUUCCAUGGCAACGGCUAUGCCUGGUUUCCUCCCAUGAUGCCUUGUUUUGAGAGCCAUGUGUCGCUGGAGUUCAUCACAGACGUAGCUGAUGGAUUGCUGCUUUACAGCGGCCCCUUAGCCCAGCUGCAGGCCUGGGAUCACGAGGACUUCGUGGCCAUAGAGCUAAUAGAUGGGACCCCCACACUGAAAAUCAACCAUGGCUCCGGCACAGUGGUGCUACAGUUGCCAGGCAACGUGAACGUGGCAGACAGGCGGUGGCAUCGGCUGGAUGUCCGCAGCAACAGCAAGGAAGUACGUUUCACCUUGGAUCGAUGUUCGGGGGCGGCGGUGAAGGAAAUGGAGGGUCUGGGUAGCUGGUUGACCACUGAAGACCACUCUUCCUGUGAAGUGACAGGUGUUACUCCCAAUACUGACAGACAUUUGAACAUGAGUCAGGUGCUCCAGCUUGGUGGUGUGAACGAGGACAUCCCCUACAUCUACCCUCAGCUUCAGCACAAACACUUCACUGGCUGCAUUCGCAACCUUAUCGUAGACAGCAAGCUGUAUGAUUUGGGCUCACCGGCCGACUCUCAGUCCAGCUCUCCAGGCUGCCUGACCACCGAUAGCAGCUGUGUCAACAUGGGCUAUCCGUCCUGUGGCCACCGGGGUCGCUGUCAUGGUGAGUGGGGCUCCUUCAGCUGCCAGUGUGUGCCCGGAUACACAGGACACCAAUGCGAAGAAGAGGUCCAAGAGUAUUCCUUCGAUGGCCACAGUCACGUGCAUUACCAGCUGGCUUCUCCACUGCCUGCCCGGAGGACAUGGAUUCAAGUCCUGGUUCGAACCCGUAAACACACCAGCAUCAUCCUUAACCUGAUCUCUGAGGAUCAGAGGGAAUACCUGCGACUAGAGAUCUUCCAGGGCCUUCUCUGUGUUUUCUCCAACCUGGGAGAUGGGGAUUAUAACCUAACCUUGCCCACAUAUCGUCUUGACAAUGGGGAAUGGCAUGAGGUCUUCCUAGAUCGGCAGGACAAUGAGAUGACGCUGCGAUUGGAUGGUGGUGGUGGACAGAGGGAGGUGACUGGACUGCGGGGCCGAAGCCGAGAAAUCAUAAUUGACCCCACUGUGGUGAUGCUUGGAAACGCAUUCCCUUCUGGAAUCAACAAGAGCUUCCAGGGCUGUAUGAGGGAUCUGCGUCUUAAUGGCCGCUAUAUGCCGCUGGACAGCCAAGCCCGAGAUGGGGUUUCUCAGGUCAGCACACAAGGCCUGUCUGCUGGGUGUUCAUCUGACUCGUGCAGAAGGAACCAGUGUAGCCCCCCAUUUACAUGUGUAGACCUGUGGAGAGUCCACGAAUGCAGAUGUCCCCCUGGUCACAUGAUCCGUGUGAACGGGACCAGAAAGUCCUGUGUUUACACCCUUUGUGCUACCCGGCCUUGUCACCGUGGAACAUGUGUGGCCCAGUCACCCUCCAAAUUCACCUGCCACUGUCCAGAGGGUUACAGGGGACGUCACUGUGAGACGACACUGGCAGUUUACAGAGAGGACGUUGGUCUGAGCUUCAGCUCCCUCUUCGCCAUCUGUAUCUGCUUCAUGGCCUUACUGGUGUUGCUGCUGGGCAUUUUCCUCUACACCCGCUGGAGGUCCUACAAAGGGCUCAAGGAGGGCGUCUACCACGUUUCAGCGCAUCACGACGGCUGGGAGGACAUCCGAGAGAACGUCCUCAACUAUGACGAGGAGGGGGGUGGGGAGGAGGACCAGAAUGCCUACGACAUGGCAGAGCUGCAGAAGUCUCUCCAGCCGAGCCCAGCUCAGUCGGUCCAGUACUGUCGCUCCAGGGCCCUGCACCACCCUCCUCCUCCCCAUCACCACCACCACCUCCUCCACCAGGCGGCCCCUGCCCCGCCGCCUGCCCAGCCUCUGGAGUCCCUGAGCCGGACAGCCAGCUCCACAACCCUGCCCCCUUCUGCAGCCUCCUCUUCCUCCACAGCCACCACCACCACCAGCCUGCGCAGGGACGUGCCCCCCACCAGGCUGCCAGCGCAGGGCCAGGCCCGCCCCUCCCAGCUGGCGCGUCGCUCUCUGUCGUUCUCCAGCCAGGACCUGGCCCGGUACCUGUGUGAGAUCAUCCGCGACGCUGACCAGCACCCGGACACAGGACCUUUUGACUCCCUGCAGGUCUUCUCCACCGAGGGAGGGGGCUCGCCCGCCGGCUCCCUCAGCUCCUUCAGUUCUGCAGGAUUGGACGGAGGGAGUGGUGGAGACGGGGGAGGGGAGGCGAGGAGGGAGGAGACGCUCGGGGAGUGGGGGCCUCGCUUUGAGAAGCUGCGGGCGCUGUACGAGCGGGCCGAGGCCAGCGACCUCUGAGCUGCAACGCACACAGAGCAAACUGAACGGACCCUGACAGGCGUCUGCAAGAAACAGUGAAUUAGCAGACGCUUAGCGGCGUUCGAGACCGGAGCACGGCGAGAGACUGACAGAGAGACUCGCAGACACACCCACCAUCACUUUGCUGACAGCUGACUCAAAAGGCGUGGUAUCUAGAGGACGACGAGCGCCGUCAGUCAACAUGGCCGCCUCUUACACAGAUGGAAAGAGCCUGUCGCUCUGCGCCCCCUCUACCUUUGCGGGAGCAGACAGUAUCAAACCUACCAGUCAGGUUAAAGGCUUUAGAACAUCACUCCCUACCCAGGCUACUCAUCAUGAUGGAGCUUAGCUUCACUGUCGGAAAAAUCUGUUCCAGUCACAGACACUAAAGCCCCACAUUCCUCUGCUGUGGAUGAGUGUCACCUGAAGGCCCAAAAUGUGAAAUGAAAAUGUUUUGGCCAGGUUUUUUUUUUUUUUUUAAUUUAUUGGGUUUUUUUAUAUAUAUACCUGAGCAAAUCAGUGGCUCUUAAAAUGUAUUUUUAGCACCUUGCUGCUGAGUGAAUCUUUGUACAUAAUAGACUUGCAUUUAUUCCACACUGCGCUGUCACAUGCUAAGACAGUGAAGAUGAGUGGGUUCAUUCUGAGUAGCCCCUAUAAUACAGAGUUCAGAUUUAUCCCUACAGGACACACGGUGUUCUCGCUGCCUGGCUGUACACAGCUUCUGUCAAUGUUUGUAAGAGAAAAAAAGUGCUUCGACCAUCAUCGAGUCCCACAGUGAGAUUUCUGUUCUUUUGGUAAUGUGUCUUUUGCUGGGUUGAGUAAUUCUGUAUUGGUCGGGUGUUUCAAGAUUCAACGCUCCGUGGGUUGUAAGACAUCAAGCUUUCUGCUUAGUACUGCUCCCGCGUCUUCAUUUGAUUUCCCAUUCUCAUUCGCAUUCCUCUGCUGCUCGUUCCUCCUCACCCAUAGGAGCGCGCAGACAAAUUCAAACAGCUUUGUAACAAAGAAAUGUGAGUGGACGUGUGGACUGCAGGAGGGAAGAAAUACUUGCUCUGUUGCUCUGUUGGGCCUACGCUCCUCCUCGGGCAUACCAAAUUUGGCGUCGGGGAGAGGCUCUUUUAACAGGAGGCUGCUCACGGAAUACAAACUAUGUGGAGCAGCUUUUCAAGGUGACUGCUCAGUGCAAACAAAUGGAUGGAGGAGGAUGAAGGAUAUUUAUGAGGAUUACACAAAUAAAUGCAGUUCUGAGCUGUGAUACCUGAGCCAUAGACUGUUCAAACACGCACUUAUUGUCAGUGUCUAUUGUCAGUUUCAAAAUUCGAACACACUCUUAGCUGAAACAGUCUGAUAACAAAUACAGGCCAGGGAGCUAAUGACUGUGCAGUUAUUAUGCAAACUGUGAAUUGUCGACAUGGUGGCAAUCCCUGCCAGCUCCUCUUGUUUGGCUUCAUUGUGACAUCAAAAUAAAAAAAAUAAAAAAAAAAACACAACAACAGUUGUUGAAGCGGUGAGAACAAAUUGUCUGACAGGAAUGAAAAGGCAAAGAACAAUAAUAAAGCGGUGAAGGCGAAGAGGGAGGCAGCGUCUAAAAAAAGGACCUGUGCUUCUCACCUUUGAUGAGAGAGAUAAUUACAGGCUAAGGGUUAGAAUCAGAGAGCAGAUGAGGAGGAGAGGCCGAGAGCGGGUGACUGUACGGUGAAGUGUUUCACCCCAGUGCACAGCAGCACUGCGAGGAGCUACAGGGACAACAUGCGGGAAGCAAUGGCUUUCUGUAGAAACAAUUUGUUGCACAGUAAAAAUGGCUUUAGUACAAAAGUCAUGCCCGUCCUCCUCCAAACACCUCCGCCCUCUCUCUCUGUUCUCCAAAAGGCCAGCCAGACUUCUGGCAUUUCAGAGGCUGUAUUCUGCUGGAGCUAGCAACAGCACUCACUGGCUUUUAUUAUUACCAUUAUUAGUAGUAGUAGUAGUAUUUGUCUUCCGGCAGAGACGAGCAUCUCAGCAGGAAGCAGUUAAAGGGUAGAAGAGGGUGAAAACCUGUCAGGCCACUAAUCCUAAUAGGAGCUGAUGGUCUGCCGUCAUGCUGGAAAAGCCAAAGGAUUGAAUGGACUCUCAAAAAAAGUCAGACAGACAAGUUGAUUCCCAGAUGGCAGCUUUCCAGAACCGUGCUUUUUUUGGAAAGCUGAGACAACAAUGGCAGUCUAAAAUAAUAAUAAAAAAAUAACGGCCUUAGCAGUCAGGCAAGGGUGGCGGCACGCCGUAGAAAGAUCCCUGAAAAUACGGCACAGGCUUUUGUGUUGUUCUGUUGUUUGGAGCGCGGGGCUUUCCUCCAGGGUUUGUAUUUUAUUCCUGUGGAGAGGGACGGAGCCUGCGCCACACACAGAGGUGACGGAUGGAGACUGCUUCACAGCUGUUUUUGGAACGAGCAGACGAUCACUUCAUUCAUUUGUAGCAUAAAAUGGCUUCUUAACUGUUGUGUUCUGGGUACAGACAUGUUGUGAUCAAAGUCAAUGUUUUUACCUCAUUUGUAAAUACAGAGAUAGAUUAAUUAUCGCUUUUUGUCCAGAAAAGCAGCAGCAUAGCAGCAGCUUCUGAGGAAAAAAAAUAAUCCACAUAUUUUUUAUCAACAUGAUGGUGAUGAGCUUUUGACAGUUAUAUAAGUGUUUUGUAUUUGCUUUGACCUUUUUUUCUCAAUAAAUUCAUUGAUUUGCACCAGU